AUGCACGUAUUCGACAACUUCCCCGUGUCUCCAUUUGGCACUUACGGCUCAUGGGGUCAAGCUCCGUUGAGCGUUGAUCCGGUCGGCACACUCGACGGCAGCCCGAGAUUUGCGCCUUCCAACGUGGACCCUUUACUAUUGGCAAGCAGUUACGUCGAUCCUAUGCUGCAUACAGUUGCCAGCGCUGACAGCAACACUAACCAACAACCAAUUAAUAUUGCGGCAUCGGUACCUGCGACCGCAGCGAAUCUCAAUAAAUUCCCUUACUUCCUCGAGAAAUUGGAACCGCCUUUCAUAUCUCAUUUCGACCGGGAUAACUGGAUACGCAUGAGACAAUAUCUGGCCGAUCUUGGGUCCCGCGACUCCGUGGUUGCCUCUGCAAUUAUAGCCGUCCAAGCGCUGUACGAAGCAGAAGAGAACGGGUGGGAUACGACGAAUGCCAUCGCUUUAUAUUACGCCGCCAAAGCCAGUCACGCGACGCUCCUCGAGGAAUUGGACCCAGGUUUUGAACCGACCAUCAUGGCUGCGUUCCUACUGCUGUGCUUUGAGAUAGUAGCCCAGCAAGAGACCGUAUCGGUCACAAUGAAACCGGAGGGCGCUUUCGUGGACAAGCUUGAGCAAUGGGCCAAGCUGAGACCUUGGCCUCCCGUGGCGUGUCGUGUCGAGACCUGGCUGAAGCUACUUCAUGUCAAGGCCCUGCAUCUAGGCGGGAGGGGUCUAAUGUGCGCCAAAGUCAGUCGACUUCUCUCCUAUGAUUCAGGCCCGACACCCAGUCUUAUCUUGCUGGACCAACACCCCUCGCCACCCUCGAUUCUUUAUGACAGUCUGUCAUCUCAGCUAUUCGAGUUCUACAUGCAGACACAGAAGAUUGGAGCCUCCCUUUGUGGUCUGAAUCGCCACCAUCGCUCCAGGGGCUCACUAAUGGAUGAAACUGAAGUCGACCAAGUCGCACAAAACAUCCGAAAACAGCUUCAGUCCUUAUAUCAACAGAGGCCUAGCGUUCUGCAGCUGAGACCCGAAGAGCUCCGGUCGGUCAUCCCAGCUCCAUUUGCCAAUUCACUGGCGACCCUUAUCGAUUUGUGCAAUGCAGCCUAUCACAUCGAGAUAGUCGACCUAGGACGGGCACACGGCCAAUGGCUGACUCCGACACCGGAAGCCCAAGAAGCUAUGCAACACGUCCGUCACAUUGUGGACGAAAACUUUACACAGAACAGCGGCGCGGUCAGUCCGGGAUUCAUGUGGCCAAUCUUCUUCUAUGCCCUGGAAGCAGAUGAAGAGGGCGGCAAGUGGGCAGUUCGGAUGCUUCAACAAAUCAGAAGACCGACCUGUCACAGUGACUUCUUCGCACUCUUCCUGGAAGCUGUCCUCGAUCAACAACGGCAGAAAGGAGAACGGGUCGACUGCCGAUACUUAUGCAUCGAGAAAUUUGGCAUUCCUCCGCCCUUCAUAUGA